CAUUUCCAUCCCUCUCCCUCUCUUCCCCCCUUUCACCUCGUGUUUAUCCGCCCCCCCCCCUCUCUCUUUACCUUCAUCAACUGCUCGCACUAGGCAUCCAUUUGUUUGGAGCACGCUCGCAUCUUUCCCCACGAACACACAAUGGCCGCUCCCGUGGACACUUCCAAGCUUCAGGCCAGCUACGCUGCGUUGCAGAGCGCCUUCAACGCUGGUGCCAUUGAUGCCGCGGUCGCUCCCCUGACCGAACUUCGGGUGGCCCUGGCCCCGAUUGUCAUGGGGCUUGCCCAUCGUGACACCCCCUCGCUGAUCAUGGCCCGUGAUGUCUGGGAGAUGGCCGCGCUGCUGGCGGCCCGGUCUUCGGACUUCGCCACUUUCGAGCGUCUCUUCUUCCAGGUUUCCACGCUCUACCCCCGCUGCGGGACUUCGCCAGCUUCCAACCGCCAAGGCCACUUGCUGGCCCUGCACCUGCUUUUCCUGCUGACGGAGAACCGGAUGGCCGAUUUCCAUGCGGCUCUGGCCCGUCUCGACAAGCCGGAGAAGACCCCGACCGAUGUCCAUAUGUCGGCCGUCGAUUCUAGCCAGCACAUUGGUGGAUCGACUCUCUCCGCCGAGGCCGAUUCCGAUCUGAUUGCCGACUACGGUCCGGAGGUGGGCUACGUUGCCCAGCUGGAGCGCUGGCUAUCGGGUGGAGCAUACAACAAGGUUCUUAAGGAGGUCAGUUCCAACCAGAGCAGCGACGCUGCCGGCCUGUUCACCGUUCUCUCCAACACUGUUCGUGCCGAGAUUGCCACCGGUAUCGAAACCGCGUAUGCACCUCUCAAGAUUGAUGCCGCCGGUCGUCUCCUGCAGCUUCAUUCCAAGGCAGACCUUGACCAGUUCGCCUCUCAGCGCGGCUGGCGUGUGUCCCCCUGUGGGCAGAAGUACUGCUUCCCCGAGGCGGUGGCCUCUUGCAGCACGAUGGCGAGCCAGAACUUCGGCGCCUCCAAGUCCUCCCUCAUUGGUGAUGUGAUGCAGGUGGAUUCCGACAAUGCCAAGGACUCCGACCAGCAGUCCCAGGGUGGUUUGUUCGGCCCCAGCGCUGAUCUGCUCUUCGCUACCCUGGCCUAUGCUCAGGAGCUGGAUCAGAUUGUGUAGGCGUCUUUUCUCGCCGCCCUGACCCGCCGGAGCGCACCCCUUUGGCCGUUUCUCAUGUGCGCGCAAGGUCACUUUCCUACUUCAAAAUGUACACUAUGCCCCUUUCUUGAGCAUUCUUCCA